GUGACCCAUUGAACACCGUGUCCUCAGAGAGUGUGGUCUGUUGCAGUUUGUAUUUCUGAAGGGAAAAACUUUGUUAAAGUGUUGAAAAUGGCUGUAAACUGUCAACGUACGUCCAGAGCAAUGCUGGCUUGUGCAGCUGCGUUGAAAAAAGGAAUAAGUCAACAGGUACGGCACAAGAGCCACGCUACGUCUAGUCACAUUAACGCCCGUAGCCUCAGUUUGGCAUCGAACGCCUGGCAACAGCUGGCCCUCAAGGAAGAGCCAAUUCCAGACAACGCCGUUGCUUGGGCCUCCACCGAGCGCGGAUUCCUGAGGGUGGAAUUCGGGGACGGCACCUUCAGUGACAUGCCCUACGCCUGGCUCAGGAACAGGUGCAAGUGCUCUAAGUGCUCAAGGUUUCUCUCUCUGGAUAGCUACGAUAGAGAAACUGAUCAUGACGUCCACCCUGAAAUCAUUCAGAGGACUGAUUCAGGAUUGGUCAUCGAUUGGAGUGACGGUCAUAUCAGCAAGUAUUCUGCUGAUUGGCUGAGGUCGGCAAUUUUCAUUCCACCAUACUGCGAUGUUCACACAUAUGCCGAGGCGACGUGAACAACUUCGACCACAGCUUCAUAGCUGGGAGGUGAAAGACCACAUCCUGGCCACACAAGAUCUUCACCCAACGUUUGAGAAGUUGAAAUGAUUUUGUUCCUGUGGAAUGAAUUAUAUUUGGCGCCCAGCUCUUGAGGUCGGAGAUACCAGGUAUAGCAGAUCUGUAUCUUCCCCCCGAGAGAGCGCGCAGGCACGCACAUACACACAUGCUUGAUGAUGAAGAACGAGAUUUGUCUUCAUAACAGUAUUUUGGCGAAGUGAGGCACCAUGAUGAUAAUCGUUCGUUUGGCUUGGCCGUCCUCAAGAGUAUAUAUCAAAGGAUAAGCCAUUUGCACUUAUUUUUUUGUUCUUUUUUUUACAUAUAUAUAGGCUUUUGUUCCAUCGACAAUCUAUAUAAUUGCAUUUGCUGCCUCGUGGACUGUCUUGAAGUUUAGCUGCCUUCUUAUGUUUUGUUAAUUGUUUUAUUUUGUAUUUGGGGUUCUUAGAAAGUCUUGGUUUACGGGGUCGAGAUGUUUGUUGUUACAUUCCAGUAAUUCUCAAGCAGGUUUGUUUAUAUAUAGAGACUUUGUUUAUAUAAUAAAUAAGACUUCUUUCGAACUGAGUAUAGGUGCUAAGAAUGUAGCUUCUGACAGGAAGACUUCAAGAUUGCAAUCAGUCGCUCAGUAUUCAUGUAGGAGAACAUUAAUCGAAGCUAUAGGUGCAGUUAUACAGCUAAUCAUCCCUGUAAUCCUGCUGCUGUCUGUAUUCAUGUGUUUUGCGAGUUGGUCUUUUCUAAAAAUAUCCCCUCAUACAAGAUUUGAUUUCUUUUGUUACAGAAUUUUUAUGUAUGCAUUGAAUGAACCAUUGCACAUAAUUCCAUAUAAAGCUCAAAAGUCACAAGAAUGUUUUGUUUUUGUUAAACGAAAGGUAUCUUUAUUAUUUUUGGGGCUGAAACUGUUGCGUAGGAUUAUUUAGUGGUGCAAAAGGUGUAUAUUGUUUUCUAAUGUAUAUUGGAAAUUAUAUGUUGCCUUGACUUCUCUGUUAAAGGCAGUUUUUUUUUCAUUUUUUUGUAAUAAAGCUCUGAAUAGUC